AUGCUUCUCGCAAAAGGCAGCCCGCCACGCCUCGAGCUCGGCGGCCUUGAGCGAGUGUCGUACGUCGGCCAGACGGACCGCGAGUUCACUCGCGAGCUGCUCGCCGAGGCGCGCGAGGAGGACGAGGCGGCGGGGCGGCGGCGGAAGCGCAAGCCCGCAGACGCGCCGGCCGCCGAGGGGGGCGGCGGUGCGGAGGGGGGCGGCAGCAAGGGCAAGCGAGCCAAGCGGCCGAGCGAGGAGGGGGGCGGCAGCCGCGAGGGGGGGAGGGAGAGGGACCAGCCCCUCGCGCGGCGGGCCGGGCUGCCCCCGGCGGACGCGGCGACGACGGAGCGGCUGAAGAAGCUGCUCACGGCCGUCUCCAAGACGCUGCGCGGCGGGCGCAAGGUCGCGGAGCUGUUCCUGCUGCUGCCGACCGAGGAGGAGGCGCCGGGCUACUACGGCCUCAUCAAGCGGCCGGUGAGCAUCAGCUCAAUGAAGGAGUACGAGCUCGACGAGGCGUUCGCCACUAUGGUUGCCAACGCGAAGCGCUACAACGACGAGGGGUCGCAGGUCGCCGCCGACGCGGACGUGCUUGGCACCGCCUACGCCGACGGACGCGCCAGGCUCUUUGCGGAUGCGGCAAAGCUGGAGCCGCUCCCGAGAGGAGGGGGGCGCUGA